AUGCACCAACAGCAACUCAAGUACGGCGACAAGACCCACGUGAUUCACAGCAGCCCCGAGAGCCAUCGAUGCGAACUAUACAGGUCCAGCGGUGCUGGCGACGACGCCGAGUUCGAGUUCGAGUUCGCCGGCAUGAUCAACCACAGCCUGUCGGUGCAGAAGGCGGAAGACGUAACGGCGGGCGUCGACUCGGCGCUCCAGCAGCUGCGGAGUAGCAUGGCCGCAAUCUCAGAGAUCAAGGAAGCCAACAAGACUAUUGUCGGCGACACCACUUCCUCACGAACACCGGGCCACCGUCGCUUCCCUUCGACGGGCUUCAAGGCACAGCACCUCGCUCCUUCCAAGCUCGGCUCGCCCAUGCUGGGCACCGCAUCCUCACCCAUGCACAAGCGUGCCCCUACAUCACAACCCAGCAGCAGCCACGAUGCUGUCCUCAACGCUCUGCGCGUCCCCGUUAUCCAUCUUCUUGCGAGGCAGCCGGCAACCGAGGCCUCUCUUGCAGAGACAUGUCGGACCUCGCAGUCCACCAUGCGGGAGCUGCUGUCCAAGAUAGCCAAGCGCUCAUCACCUGACACGGACAAGUGGCAGCUCACCGACAAGGUCUUCCGCGAGCUCAACCCCUACAAGUUUCCCUACCAGAGCGCCCAAGACCGCGAGCAGGCAAUUGACAGUGCCAUCAAGGCGUUUGACCGCCAACGACUAGCAAAGGAUGACAAGCUUUGGCAGAUCCUGCUGCCACGUGAAGAGCGCGGCCAGGGCAUCUGUCUGUCGCGGUCCAAGGUGAAGGCGCUGGAGGCCAAACCCAAAGCCAAGGCCAGCACCCCGAUGCACAAGAUAUCCGACCUGACCAGGAAGAAGCCUGUUGCGAAAAAGGCUGAUGAGAAGCCUGCGGAGAAGAAGGUCAGGGUAGUGAAAGAGCCUGAGCCGAAGCUCAAAGCGGCGGGGAAGGAGAGGCCGUCGGUGAAGGAUGUGAAGUAUGAGCCAAAGAAGGCCCCAACCUCUUCGACAAACACUCCUUCCUCUGCUCGCCCGACUGCUCCUUCCGACCGCUACACACCCUCAACCGACCCUUCCAAAUCGCGACCCAAGAAAGCGCCUGCCACCCAAGGAAACAACAGCCCACGCGUCAAGUCCAACAUGUCCGGCCGCGACCAGCACCGCGACCGCAUCGUGCGGCCAGUCAAGCCUGUGAUUCCCAUCAACACCAAGCCGAAGAACCCCUCGCCCCUCUCCGCAUCCCCGCCCGUUAAUGCCAGCGACUUCGAGGACAGCCAUCCCGUACACAAGGCCCUUGCUGCUGCUGUGUCCCCCGCCAAGGCAACUAACAGCAACUCUGACCGCUCGCUGAAGCGCAAGGCGAACGACAUCGACAGCGACAUUCACAACCACAAUCUGGCCGUGAAGAAGCCACACCUCGACCGCGCCGCGCCAAACCAUACCCCAUCGCACACCAAUGGCCGCCUCAAUGGCUCCACCCCCUCCAGCGGCAACUCACUCAAGCGCAAGUCAGACGAUUCGUCUUCGUCCAACACGCCCUCGACUGCCCCCAAGGUGCGCAAGGUCAACAACAUCGACACUGGCGCUGCCUCGCGCUAUCAUAACAACAACUCGCAGGCUUCGCCCGGUGCAUCGUCUUCGUCCACCACAUCGCCCACCAUUCCCAACCUCAGCUUCCGCCAGACAGUCGAGCUCUCCCAGAGGUUCCAGAAGUACUACAAGAAAUACGAAGAGCUCUACUGGCAAUUGACCGAGUCGGACAAAUCCCCAACCGAGGCGCAGAGGAACGACCUGCUCAGGAUGCACAAGAAGCUCGAGGAGAUGAAGAGAGAGAUCAAGGCGGGUGCUGGCGUACAUCGCUGA